CGAAGAGCUCGCGAGGCUCCCCGGAGGCGGUGGUCCCCGUGCCCGUCUGGAUGCGGCUCUGAGACUCCGUGUGUCUUUCUGCUUAUUGCUGUGUGCGGGUGUUCGGCCACGAUCACCUUUGUGUGUCUUCUGUCUGUUUAAACUUCAGGAUGGCUCGCUUCGGGGAGGCGGUGGUCGGCAGGCCGGGGUCGGGCGAUGGAGACUCGGACCAGAGCAGGAACCGGCAAGGAACCCCUGUGCCGGCCUCAGGGCCGGCGGCCGCCUACAAGCAGUCGAAAGCGCAGAGGGCGCGGACUAUGGCUUUGUACAACCCUAUUCCCGUCCGGCAGAACUGUUUCACCGUCAACAGAUCCCUGUUCAUCUUCGGAGAAGAUAACAUUGUCAGGAAAUACGCCAAGAAGCUCAUCGAUUGGCCGCCGUUUGAGUACAUGAUCUUGGCCACCAUCAUUGCCAAUUGCAUCGUCUUGGCCCUGGAGCAACAUCUUCCUGAGGAUGACAAGACUCCAAUGUCCCGCAGACUGGAGAAGACAGAACCCUAUUUCAUUGGGAUCUUUUGCUUUGAAGCUGGGAUCAAAAUCGUGGCCCUGGGGUUCAUCUUCCAUAAGGGAUCAUACCUCCGCAAUGGUUGGAAUGUCAUGGACUUCAUCGUGGUCCUCAGUGGCAUCCUGGCUACUGCGGGAACCCACUUCAACACCCAUGUGGAUCUGAGGACCCUCCGGGCCGUGCGUGUCCUGAGGCCCCUGAAGCUCGUGUCGGGGAUACCUAGCCUACAGAUUGUGUUGAAGUCCAUCAUGAAGGCCAUGGUGCCUCUCCUGCAGAUUGGCCUUCUGCUCUUCUUUGCCAUCCUGAUGUUUGCUAUCAUCGGCUUGGAGUUCUACAGUGGAAAGUUGCACCGAGCCUGCUUCAUGAACAAUUCAGGUAUUCUAGAAGGAUUUGACCCCCCUCACCCAUGUGGUGUGCAGGGCUGCCCAGCUGGUUAUGAAUGCCGGGACUGGAUCGGCCCCAAUGAUGGGAUCACCCAGUUUGAUAACAUCCUUUUUGCUGUGCUGACUGUGUUCCAGUGCAUCACCAUGGAAGGGUGGACCACCGUGCUGUACAAUACCAAUGAUGCCUUAGGAGCCACCUGGAAUUGGCUGUACUUCAUCCCCCUCAUCAUCAUUGGAUCCUUCUUUGUUCUCAACCUUGUCCUGGGAGUGCUUUCCGGGGAAUUUGCCAAAGAGAGAGAGAGAGUGGAGAACCGGAGAGCCUUCAUGAAACUGCGGCGCCAGCAGCAGAUCGAGCGUGAGCUUAACGGGUACCGCGCCUGGAUAGACAAAGCAGAGGAAGUCAUGCUUGCUGAAGAAAACAAAAAUGCUGGAACAUCAGCCUUAGAAGUGCUUCGGAGGGCAACCAUCAAAAGGAGCCGGACCGAGGCAAUGGCACGGGACUCCAGUGACGAGCACUGUGUGGACAUCUCCUCUGUGGGCACACCUCUCGCCCGAGCCAGCAUCAAGAGCGCCAAGGUGGAUGGGGCUUCCUAUUUCCGGCACAAGGAGCGACUUUUGCGAAUCUCUAUCCGCCACAUGGUUAAGUCCCAGGUGUUCUACUGGAUCGUGCUGAGCCUGGUGGCUCUCAACACCGCCUGUGUGGCCAUCGUCCACCACAACCAGCCCCAGUGGCUCACCCACCUCCUCUACUAUGCAGAGUUUCUGUUUCUGGGGCUCUUCCUUCUAGAGAUGUCCCUGAAGAUGUAUGGCAUGGGGCCUCGCCUUUAUUUUCACUCUUCCUUCAACUGCUUUGACUUUGGGGUCACAGUGGGCAGCAUCUUUGAAGUAGUCUGGGCCAUCUUCAGACCUGGUACAUCUUUCGGAAUCAGUGUCCUGCGAGCUCUCCGGCUUCUAAGAAUAUUUAAAAUAACCAAGUAUUGGGCAUCUCUCCGGAAUUUGGUGGUCUCCUUGAUGAGUUCCAUGAAGUCUAUCAUCAGUUUACUCUUCCUCCUUUUCCUCUUCAUCGUUGUCUUUGCUCUGCUAGGAAUGCAGCUGUUUGGGGGCAGGUUCAACUUUAAUGAUGGGACUCCUUCCGCAAACUUUGACACCUUCCCUGCAGCCAUCAUGACUGUAUUCCAGAUCCUGACGGGUGAGGACUGGAAUGAGGUGAUGUACAAUGGGAUCCGCUCCCAGGGUGGGGUCAGCUCGGGCAUGUGGUCUGCAAUCUAUUUCAUUGUGCUCACCUUGUUUGGAAACUACACACUGCUGAAUGUGUUCUUGGCCAUCGCUGUGGACAAUCUGGCCAACGCCCAGGAGCUGACCAAGGAUGAACAAGAAGAAGAGGAGGCCUUCAACCAGAAGCAUGCGCUGCAGAAGGCCAAGGAGGUCAGCCCGAUGUCUGCACCCAACAUGCCUUCCAUCGAAAGAGACAGAAGGAGAAGACACCACAUGUCGAUGUGGGAGCCACGCAGCAGCCACCUGAGGGAGCGGAGGCGCCGGCAUCACAUGUCCGUGUGGGAGCAGCGAACCAGCCAGUUGAGGAGGCACAUGCAGAUGUCCAGCCAGGAGGCCCUCAACAAGGAGGAGGCCCCGCCCAUGAACCCCCUCAACCCCCUCAACCCGCUGAGCCCCCUCAACCCGCUCAGCGCACACCCCAGCCUCUACCGGAGACCCCGGGCCAUCGAGGGGCUAGCUCUGGGCCUGGGGCUGGAGAAGUGUGAGGAAGAGCGCAUCAGCCGCGGGGGGUCCCUCAAGGGGGACGGAGGGGACUUGGCGAGCGCCCUGGACAGCCAGAGGAGCCCCCUGGCCCUGGGCAAACGGGAGCCAUCCUGGCUGGCCCGGCCCUGUCACGGGAACUGUGACCCGACCCAGCCGGAGGUGGGCAGCGGGGAGACGGUGGUGACCUUCGGGGACCGGGCUCGGCACAGGCAGAGCCAGCGGCGCAGCCGGCACCGCCGCGUCAGGACCGACGGCAGGGAGCCCUCCUCCACCUCCAGAAGCAGGUCUGCCAGCCAGGAGCGGAGUCUGGACGAAGCUGUGCCCGGCGAGGGGGAGAGGGACCAUGAGCCCAGGGCCGGCCACGGGGGCAAAGAACCCAUGAUCCAGGAGGAACAGCGAGAGCGAUGCCAGGACUUACGGAGGACCAACAGCCUGAUGGUGCCCAGAGGCUCCGGGCUGGCAGGCGCCCUGGAUGCAGCCGACACACCCCUUGUCCCACCCCAGCCGGAGCUGGACGUGGGGAAGGACGCAGCCCUGACGGAGCAGGAGCCGGAGGGCAGCAGUGAGCAGGCUCUGCUGGGGGACGUGAAGCUGGACAUGGGCCGGGUCAGCCAGAGCGAGCCCGACCUCUCCUGCGUCACGGCCAACACGGACAAGGCCACCACCGAGAGCACCAGCCUCACUGUCACCAUCCCCGACGUGGGCCCCUUGGUGGACUCAACCGUGGUGCACAUCAGCAACAAGACUGAUGGAGAAGCCAGUCCCUUGAAAGAGGCAGAGAUCAGAGAGGAUGAGGAGGAGGUGGAGAAGCAGCAGCAGAAGAAGGAGAAGCGUGAGACGGGCAAGGCCAUGGUGCCCCACAGCUCGAUGUUCAUCUUCAGCACUACCAACCCGAUCCGCAGGGCCUGCCACUACAUUGUGAACCUGCGCUACUUCGAGAUGUGCAUCCUCCUGGUGAUCGCAGCCAGCAGCAUCGCCCUGGCGGCCGAGGACCCCGUCCUGACCAACUCAGAGCGCAACAAAGUGCUGAGGUAUUUUGACUAUGUGUUCACUGGCGUGUUCACCUUUGAGAUGGUUAUAAAGAUGAUAGACCAGGGCUUGAUUCUGCAGGACGGCUCCUACUUCCGAGACCUGUGGAACAUCCUGGACUUUGUGGUGGUGGUUGGCGCAUUGGUGGCCUUUGCUCUGGCAACUAACAAGGGCCGGGAUAUUAAGACCAUCAAGUCCCUGAGGGUUCUCCGUGUCCUGAGGCCGCUGAAGACCAUCAAGCGCCUGCCCAAGCUCAAGGCUGUCUUCGACUGUGUGGUCACCUCCUUGAAAAACGUCUUCAACAUACUCAUUGUCUAUAAGCUCUUCAUGUUCAUCUUUGCUGUCAUCGCGGUUCAGCUUUUCAAGGGCAAGUUCUUCUACUGCACGGACAGUUCCAAGGACACAGAGAAGGAGUGCAUAGGCAACUAUGUAGAUCACGAGAAAAACAAGAUGGAGGUGAAAGGCCGAGAGUGGAAGCGCCAUGAAUUCCAUUAUGACAACAUCAUCUGGGCUCUGCUGACCCUCUUCACUGUCUCCACAGGGGAAGGAUGGCCUCAAGUCUUGCAGCACUCGGUCGAUGUGACAGAGGAAGACCGAGGCCCGAGCCGCAGCAACCGGAUGGAGAUGUCCAUCUUUUACGUGGUCUACUUUGUGGUCUUCCCUUUCUUCUUUGUCAACAUCUUUGUGGCUCUCAUCAUCAUCACCUUCCAGGAGCAAGGGGACAAGAUGAUGGAAGAGUGCAGCCUGGAGAAGAACGAGAGGGCGUGCAUCGACUUCGCCAUCAGCGCCAAACCGCUCACCCGCUACAUGCCCCAGAACAGGCACACCUUCCAGUACCGCGUCUGGCACUUCGUGGUGUCUCCAUCCUUUGAGUACACCAUCAUGGCCAUGAUCGCCCUGAACACCGUCGUGCUGAUGAUGAAGUACUACUCUGCUCCCUGUACCUAUGAGCUGGCCCUGAAGUACCUAAAUAUCGCCUUCACCAUGGUGUUUUCCCUGGAAUGUGUCCUGAAGAUCAUUGCAUUUGGCUUCUUGAACUAUUUCCGAGACACCUGGAAUAUCUUUGACUUCAUCACUGUGAUUGGCAGUAUCACAGAAAUUAUUCUGACGGACAGCAAGCUGGUGAACACUAGUGGCUUCAACAUGAGCUUUCUGAAGCUCUUCCGAGCGGCCCGCCUCAUCAAGCUGCUGCGUCAGGGCUACACCAUCCGCAUUUUACUGUGGACCUUCGUGCAGUCCUUUAAGGCCCUUCCCUAUGUCUGCCUUCUGAUCGCCAUGCUUUUCUUCAUCUACGCCAUCAUUGGGAUGCAGGUCUUUGGAAACAUAAAGUUAGAUGAGGAGAGUCACAUCAACCGGCACAACAACUUCCGGAGUUUCUUUGGGUCCCUCAUGCUGCUCUUCAGGAGUGCCACGGGUGAGGCCUGGCAGGAGAUAAUGCUGUCAUGUCUCGGGGAGAAGGGCUGUGAGCCCGACACCACUGCGCCGUCGGGGCAGAGCGAGAGCGAGCGCUGUGGCACCGACCUGGCCUACGUGUACUUCGUCUCCUUCAUCUUCUUCUGCUCCUUCCUGAUGCUCAACCUGUUCGUGGCUGUCAUCAUGGACAACUUUGAGUACCUGACUCGGGACUCAUCCAUCCUGGGGCCUCACCACCUGGACGAGUUUGUCCGUGUCUGGGCAGAGUAUGACAGAGCAGCAUGUGGCCGCAUCCAUUACACUGAGAUGUAUGAAAUGCUGACUCUCAUGUCACCGCCGCUAGGCCUCGGCAAGAGAUGUCCCUCCAAGGUGGCAUAUAAGAGGUUGGUCUUGAUGAACAUGCCAGUGGCCGAGGACAUGACCGUCCACUUCACUUCCACGCUGAUGGCUCUAAUCCGGACAGCUCUGGACAUUAAAAUCGCCAAAGGUGGUGCAGACAGGCAGCAGCUAGACUCAGAGCUCCAGAAGGAGACCCUGGCCAUCUGGCCUCACCUGUCCCAGAAGAUGCUGGAUCUGCUCGUGCCCAUGCCCAAAGCCUCUGACCUGACUGUGGGCAAAAUCUAUGCAGCAAUGAUGAUCAUGGACUACUACAAACAGAGCAAGGUGAAGAAGCAGAGGCAGCAGCUGGAGGAACAGAAAAAUGCACCCAUGUUCCAGCGCAUGGAGCCCUCGUCUCUGCCUCAGGAGAUCAUUGCUAAUGCCAAAGCCCUGCCUUAUCUCCAGCAGGACCCCGUUCCAGGCCUGAGUGGCCGGAGUGCAUACCCUUCGAUGAGUCCACUCUCCCCGCAGGAAAUAUUCCAGUUAGCCUGUAUGGACCCAGCUGAUGAUGGACAGUUCCAGGAACAACAAUCUCUGGAGCCAGAGGUUAGUGAAUUAAAAAGCGUGCAGCCCUCUAACCAUGGCAUCUACCUUCCUUCGGACACCCAGGAGCAUGCGGGCUCUGGGAAGGCAUCCUCUAUGCCACGCCUGACUGUGGAUCCCCAGGUGGUGACAGACCCCAGCUCCAUGAGACGUUCAUUUUCCACCAUUCGCGAUAAGCGUUCAAAUUCCUCGUGGCUGGAGGAAUUCUCCAUGGAGCGAAGCAGCGAAAACACCUACAAGUCGCGGCGCCGGAGUUACCACUCCUCCCUGAGGCUGUCAGCCCACCGUCUGAACUCAGACUCAGGCCACAAGUCCGACACCCACCGCUCGGGGGGCAGAGAGCGGGGACGAUCGAAAGAGCGAAAGCAUCUUCUCUCUCCUGACGUCUCCCGCUGCAACUCCGAGGAGCGAGGGACCCAGGCCGACUGGGAGUCCCCAGAGCGCCGUCAGUCCCGGUCUCCCAGUGAAGGCAGGCCACAGACCCCCAACAGACAGGGCACGGGGUCCCUGAGUGAGAGCUCCAUCCCCUCCGUCUCCGACUCCAGCACCCCACGACGAAGUCGGCGGCAGCUCCCACCGGUCCCUCCCAAGCCUCGGCCCCUCCUUUCCUACAGUUCUCUGAUCAGACACGCUGGGAGCAUCUCCCCACCAGCUGAUGGGAGCGAGGGUGGCUCCCCACUGACCUCCCAAGCUCUGGAGAGCAACGACGCCGGCCUGCCCGAGUCUUCCAACCCCCGGCAGGGCCACCCCUCCCCACAGCGCUACAUCUCCGAGCCCUACCUGGCCCUGCACGAAGACUCCCACGCCUCGGACUGCGGCGAGGAGGAGACGCUCACCUUUGAAGCAGCCGUGGCCACCAGCCUGGGCCGGUCCAACACCAUCGGCUCGGCCCCGCCCCUGCGGCACAGCUGGCAGAUGCCCAAUGGGCACUAUCGGCGGCGGAGGCGCGGGGGUCCUGGACCGGGCAUGACGUGCGGAGCUGUCAGCGACCUCCUGAGUGACACGGAAGAAGACGACAAGUGCUAGAGGCUGCUCCCCCCUCCGAUGCAUGCUCUUCUCUCAAACGGAGAAAAACCAAGACCCGAAUUGGGAAGCCAGUGCGGCCCGGGGGGGAGGAAGAGGGAGGAAGGAGCUGGAAGGACACCGCACAGUUAUCAGAGGAGAGGAAGGGAAGGACAGAAGGCAAACCACUCAAACCCACCAAAUCGCUCUAUUUCCCUGUGCAAGAUGGGCACUGCCAUAGUUCUGCCUCUUUGCUGGGGAAAGAAAACACAAGAACGACGGAGGGUUGUUCCCAGGGGAGAAGGGACACAGGAUGGCUUUGCCUCCCCUUGCCCCCUUCCCAGUUUUAUGCAGCCGUUGGGGGGAAAUCGAGCCGGCCUGUCUGUGCCCAUUGCCCCGAGAAGCCUGGGAGACGUUCUGGCUCUUCACCGGGGGAGUCGUGGAGACCCCGGGAGAGGAAUUGCCUCCCUCACCAGCUCCUCCUCCUCAGCCAGCACCACGGCCACCAGGGCCACUGCGACACCAUCUCACGCGUUUCCCUGUGGCUUGCUUCCCCGCAAGGAGCAUAGGCUAAGUUCAGGAGCAUCGGAUGUCAAGGGCGGGAGGCAGAGAGGGAGGAGAGCAGCAAAGGGGAAGGGGUCGGGUUGCCGUGGUGGCAGCAGCAAGGGCUGGUCUGAAUGAGCCAAGCCAUAGUCUGGCAGCCCUCACUGUAGAGGCAGUGGUGGAGACGCGGAGAGCUGGGGUGCUGGUCGCUACAGUCCUGUCUGAGCCUGUCACCCGCUCAGGAGGUGCUGUGUUCAUUAGGAUAGGCUAAGAGGCCCCCCCUAGUCCAGAGAGGUGCCUGAGGCGCUCUGGUGAGGGUGAUAGUCUCAGAGUAUGUGACAAUCGGUGUGGCCAGGACACCAGAUGAUGUGAACAGAGUUCAGCCUUAGCGCUGGUGCCCCAUGCCACAACAGGCUUCAGCCUGGGAGAUGCCAGCCACGGGGGAGCCCUGUGGCGGGGGCACUUCAGGGACUCAGCAAGAGUCAGUUUCCAACCAGUAUGGAGGUAAUUUGGUACGUGGAGCGGGGCGGCACCGUCUCGCACGUACUGGCUGAGUGUCAGCCCAGACUUUGGUCCACGAGCCAGGCCCAUUGCUGUGCCAGGGGCCUGGCCACCCCCCAAGAGGGUUGCACACACCUAUACAAGGUGGGCUACACCUCACCUGCUAGGGGCUUCCGUAGAGAUGAGAAAGGCCGAAACCAGAGACGCUUCGAUGAAUCUGAGUUUACUGAAGCGUUCCUGUGAGGGAGGGACCCUCGGACGGGCAGCUUCUGCAGCUGGUGUGUGAUUGAGGAUCAGUCUGUCAGGAUUCUUUAAGGUGAUGAGAAAAUAUACCUCAGCUUAGACCUGGGCUGCUGCUUCUAGCACAGCAGGCUCCGGUGGGGCCUCAGAAUACAAAGUGAUAGGCGUGGAGCCCUAGUGGCCCUGAAUACUCCCCUGGGCGUGACCCCUUCCCGGAGUAGGAGCUGAGCAGAAGACAACCUCAGGACCUUGUUCCUAACCCCCCAAACUCAGAAGCAUUGAGAAAGAGAGUCCUUUCUAGGCCGAUCAGUGCUCCUUUCACUGUAUCAAUGACCCAUUCGGGGACCAUCCCUUCACCCCCCUCUCCAGUUCCCCAGCACCAUCACCAUGAGGUGGAAGGAUUUCCUGGAGGCGGGGUACCAGGCAGGGCCCUCCUCCCCCAGCCGGGAGCGGAUGGAGCUUGCCUCCUGGGGCUCUCCCUGGGGAGAUUCAGAGGCUCCCUGGCUGAGAUUAUAGCAGAUAAAUACUCUUUAUCCUCCUCCAACCCUGGCAGACUUCACCUCUUAGGUAGAGCAGUCAGUGGCUGUUACCUUUCUUAUGAAAUUGGGGCUUUUUUUUUUUUUUUUUGCUUUGCUUUGUUUUGUUGUUGAAAUAGAAAGAAGGUGUCAUUGUAUCAGCUCUGAAAAGCCAGAUUCAACGCUGUGGCUGCAAAAUCAUUUGUGAUGGCCCUGCCUUCUGCCCUAGACAGGGAUGGCUCUUCCUGGCCACAGUCAGCCCACAACCAAAGUAGUCCCCUGCAGGAGACCAGUGAGGCAGACACAUAGGCCGCCGGCUCUGAAGCACUGUUUCCUCUUUCCUCUCUGGCUCAGCACACCCGUGUGCCCCCGGGGGUCAUUGGGAUUGGGACCGUGUAGCACCCAGACCCUAAGAGGCGGAGGUGUGACCUGAGACUCAAGACGCGGGGCCUUGUGCUGUCUUAAAGGUUUCCUCCGCUCGGUGUCAUUUCCUGCCCAAGUGCUGCUAUUAUGGGCUGCUUUGCACAAAACUGCUUGCUUCCACCUUGGCAAUGCAGCUUUCCCAGUGAGCCUGUCGCUCUGUGUUUUGAGAAAGGGCGUUGAAAUGACCCCUAUGCCAUGGCGACAGGAGACAUGGAGGCUGGCAAAAUUACCAGAAGUGGGAUUUGCCUGCACACGGCAUUACAGACACUCAGUGUGCUAUGCCAGGAAGCCUUCCUGGACGCCUGAACUCCUUCAACUCACAUCCACAAGAGCACCUGGUCCCAGAGAGGGGGAUAUCAUGCACCAUAGAUGCAGGUCCCUGGCCAGCCCCGUGGGCUUUUUGUUUUUGUUUUUUUUGGUACACAUGAACUUACCAACUCAUCUCUUAUUCCACUUCCCCUGACCGAGAAAUCAGGUUCCUUGUCCUUUAGCCUGCAUUUGCCCUUCUAUUAAGACCAGAAAAUAAAAGGCAAUUUUCUGUUAAGUCACGGAACACAUUAGCAUAAUCUUAUAACGGUUUCCUUCCACCUCUGAAUAAAUAUGAACCCAAACCUUGCCUGUCACAGCCAACCAGGAGAUCCAUUCCUUGGUAGCAGAUUCUGCCUCUUUCCCUUGGGAAGAGGCCCCCUUUGAAUCACAAAACCUCUGCUUCUCUUUGCAUUAAAAAGUAUGGCAGCAUCUUGAAAAAUUCCAGGUGGACCACCACCUUGCUUGAGGCACACAGCAUGAUCAAGCUUAGCUCUGUAGGUCCCCUCAGAAGAGUCUUUGGCUACGUGUCCAGUUUCCUUUGCUAAUAUGAGUCUUUAGGAUCCCCUCAAAAUAAGAAGGUAGGCGAUGGGGAAAGGAAAGGGGGAAAAAAAGGAAAGAGAAGGAAAAGAAACCAAGGCAGAGAGAGAUUCUAACUAGCUUGGUAUAUAGAUACUCCUCUCUUCACUUAAGGCUCCAGACAGACUUCUGAUGGGAAAUUCUUCUCUCUUUAUAGAUAUACUUGUCCCUCUGUCAAUCUCAGUCACUGAGGGGCCCAAGUGCCAGCAGACCUUCAGACAAGGGGGUAGAGCUCUAGGCCAAGGUGCCCUGUGAGCUGGGAUCAGGAUAGAAUUGCCUACACUGUGAAGGGACGGUACCCUUGAGGGUCCCCCAUGCUCAACGUGAACCGUGAACAUAGCUGCCCAAUGUGGGGCUGUGUCCUCUUCUAGCUGAGGGAUCUGUUUCUAUUCUGGGGUUUGCUUCUCCCCAUUCAGCAUUCCUAUGAGGUUCUGAGAUCCCUGAUACCACCAGUUCUCUGAAGCCGAACUCCAGAUCUUCUGGUUUUGCCUUCCCUUGACACAGGGAUCACAAGAAGACCCCAUGUUCCACCACCUCGCCGGCACGCAUCCUCCAUACCCAUCCUCUUUAGCAUGGGCUUUGUGAUGAUCUUGGAUGUCCUCCCAGCGGAGCCCUCAUCUGGCCACAUAUUAGCAAUGACACAGCUCCUGAGAAGGUUUUGUGUUCAUGUCAGACUCUCUGCGACCCCAUGAACUAUAGCCCACCAGGCUCCUCUGUCCGUGGAAUUCUCUAGGCAGGAAAACUGGAGUGGGUAGCCAUUCCCUUCUCCAGGGGAUCAUGUUAAGUCCACCCAGUCCAAGCUUAUCUGCUGGGCUCUCUGCCCUUUUGGGCAUGCCUGAAUCUCAUGAAAUACAGUCAGGGACUCACCUGGUGAUUAUUCAUGAGAUGAUCGGAAACAGUAUAAGCUGUAGAACUGCUGCUGGUGUGUAUAAAAUGUCCACAUACUCGAACGCCCAUUGCAGGAAAAUGAGGUCUCUCCUGGAAUAAUGAAACAAAAUUGAAUAAUCUGAUGUUUUAAGAAAGUUUGCAAUUUCUUUUUUUUACUACAUCCUUAUUUCUAAAGCCUGCUCUGGAUGUCUCAUUUUUGGACAGAAUAUUUCUUUAGUGGGUCAUGCCAGGGAUAAAUUGAGAAAUUCUUUAAUUUCUUACCUCAUCUUUUAAGGUUGUAUUGGAAAAGGGCGUAUGUAUCACAGGAGGGGAGCAGAAAGUCACCUAUUUUGCAGGGACUUUAUGAGACCUGAAGAUUAAGGAACUUUUGCUGCUAUUCUUACCAGUUUCAUGUCUGUUAAUGUUUUGUGAUCCUCAAAGGCCCAAUGCCAGUGUAUGCAAAAAAUCAGGGUGAGGAGAGACAUGUCCAUGCCUUGGGCUAGAUUGUUCUUCACUUGCUUCUCAUCUAUCCUGUCCAUAUUUCUCUCCUGAAUUCCAGAACACCAAGCACUGUUCUGGAGUUUCAGAAGGGGACUUUAUGCUGUCAGAAAGGAGGACAAUGUGGGCCCCCUGCAAGUGGACAGUCAGGGCAUGAUGGUUUAACUCCAGCCAUCCAGAAGGAGUCAGGUCCAGAUUUGGAUAACUAUAUAUCCACACUAGAGGCUCUUAUUUUAACAAAAGCCAAACGAGAUUAACUCAGGAGUUAUGACCCAACCUUUCCACGAGGCGAUCAGAGGAGAUCCUACAUGAAUAAACACUGCCCCUGUCAGCCGUGUGGACAUUUUGAUUUUUGUUUUUUCCUCUCUCAACCACCCAGUACAUCGUAGCCAGGUCUAAUAACCCUACAGAGCAGCAGCCAAUGGUUCUCUGCUGACUCCAGGGGCAGGCUCCCCUCCAGCCUGCCACGGUGAUUGUCAGCUGCCCUGUGCUGCAGUUCACCUGAUUAGAGAACACAGACAUACCACUUGUGGGGUGGGGGGACAAAAGACUAGGAAAAGACAGAUCCAUCCUUGGUAUCUGAUGGCCGUCUUUUUCUUCUCUUGAGUCCGUUGUGCUUUGAGCCUCUGAAGCUUAUGCAUCUUAGAUCGCUCCAAGCCAAAGAGAACAGAUUCAUAGAUUCUCCCAUCCUACCCAAGGGCCUGGAACGCUGCCCUUAAAAUUCACACCAGUUAAGAAGCAGGAAUGGAACUCAGAUUAAAGUCUCAUCACGUUGCUGGAGUGUCCCCAAACUGCCUAUUUUUAUAGUCUUGUUUCCUUCUAUUCCCUCCCCACCCCAUGCCAAAAACAUGGCUAGUAUCUUGACCUUCUAAAUGCAAGAAGGGAUUUUAUAAUAAGCUGUGCUAUUAUGUAAAUUACUGAGUUUGAAUUCUUAUUUCUGGGGAUUUGAAAGAGUUGAGUAGAUCAGGUAAAAAGAGAAAAGGGGAUUUGUGUUUAUUUUAAUUUGGAUUUUGGUUUGGUUUGGUUAGUUGCAUUUUUUGGUACAAGACCUACUCUAGAACAGCAGGGAGGGAUAAGUAUGUGCUCUGCAGUGUUUCUAAAUUAACUUCUCUUUAGGAAUUAAUUUCUAUCCAGUUUAAUGAUGUGAUACUUAAGUCAAAAAUCUGAGGUUACACAGUACCAAAUCUAGCUUCUCUCUCUGGGUUCCUUUUUAUCUUCUUUUUCCUUCUAAGUCAGCUUUUGUCUCUUGUUUCUUUUCCUUUUAGGGACUUAAUAUGUCAUCUAGAAUACUGAAAAACUAUGAAAACAUAGGGGAAGCCCAGGAAAUAAUAAAAUGGAUGUGGGAUUUUUAUAGGACAUCUUUAAUACAAAAUUUAUGUCUUUAUGAAAAGAUUUAAAAAAAACUUUUAAGGGCAUAGUAAUUUGGGAAAUGAAAAUUAUUGGGAGUCAAAAAUAAUAAAUGCUACCCCAGCCUUCUGUAGUAACUUAUGCCUUCAGCAUAAGUUUUCCCUUAUUGGGAAAAUUAAAGUACUAAUGCUUGGCUAGUUCGUGGAUGUGUCAAGUGUUUGGAAGUAAGUUAAUAACUCAGCAUUUUAAUAAAGCACUUAUUCUCUACAAAUCACUUUAGAAAAGUCUUCACUCCCUAUAUUCCAUUUAGUCUUGGCAUUGCUCUAAGCAUUUUUUUUUUAAAAGAAACUUUAUGUUUAGUGAAACCUGAAUCCAGGAUUUGCUUUAAUUUCACCCUCUAUUUUUUCCCAUCUUCCCCUUCCUCCUUUUUUUAGCUUUCUAAUGACAACAGAAAUCCAGACUUUCUUGUUUUUAAUCCAGGAAGGCAGGUAGCUGAGUAUUCAUGCUCAGAGCUUCCCAGUGCCAUCUUUGUGGACACUGAGCCAGUCUUAGGUCAGAUGCUCACAACACGUAGGAUCCUCCUGAGACACCUUCUCCUACUCAGCACUGGAAAUCUGGAAGAAGCUUUCUCUGUGUGUGUGUAUGUUCUGCCAGUUUGUCAGAGAUAAGAAUGGAUUGUUCUCUGUGUUCUAGACCAGAUUCUAGAAUGUAUACCAGGCAGUACCACUUCCUUCUUGGUUCAUUCAGAGGAGGACCCCCCAACCUGCAAGGGGACUAAGUCAAAGCUACCAAAUUCAAUUUUGACCUUCUCUGGUGACUCAGUUUUCUUUCCAAUACUCUGAUUUCUUCUAGCAAUGGCCUGCAUCACACCAAGAACCGCCACUCAAAGCAAGCCUAUUAGAUACCUUGAUAAGGGAUGAGCAGGAAAAAACACACUCCAAAACUUCAAAGUGCCAUUAAUCAACUUUUAAAAAUAAAGGUAACAGGAAAUGAGGGCUAAACAAUGUAAUCUAACUGCCAACUAAAGUCUACUGUAGUCUGGUCUUAGUUACAUUUGAUAUGGAGCUAUAUAGUGUUAAGCAGAUUCCAACAGAUUUAGUAAAAACAUAGGUAUUGUAUUUUAAUGGCUACCAAUGGAGAUAUAUACUUAGCCUGCAGGCCAAACAUCAAUCAGUGUUUUUCUAUCCUGGGGUUUUGUCACCAAGCCAAAAUUUAUACAAAGCCACCCUAAGUGCUGUUGAUUGCAGAGGAACCUCCCUCUUGGUGGCAUUAGAGAGCUGUCCAGCCAGCUCCACUCAAACUGAUUCCAUGAUUUAGAACUCACACAUAAAAACAAAUGGAGGAGAAAAAUCUAACGAAGUUAGUAUGUGGAGCAUCUCAUAGCUGGGACAAGUUGGGUAGAGGUGAGAAAAACAAACUCUAGAACAAAGACAAGGUUAAGGUGGGAAAUACCAGCUGGUCCCAGAAAGAGGAAGGCAUGUGACCUGGGAUCCUCAUUUUUGCCAAAUCACGGACCAACUUGUUAGCAUGGUACUAGAGACGGCCUCUUUCCACUCUACGUGGUGGAUUUAAAGGCCUCAGAGGAUUCAUAGAGCCCUGAAAAAAAUUUUCCAGACUUGGGAGAUGGAGAGAAAGGAGGUUCUUGCUUUCAAGCAGCCUGAAGACAACCUCAGUGACUUUAGCUGCUCUUCGAUAAAGUAGUGCCAACAGUGGACAGAUUUUGUUGACCUUCCGUGUGGCACAAGUGUCGUGGGAGGGGAGAGGGAGGAGGGGAGGGUAAAGGGAGGAGGGGCGAAGAGUGGCACAGGAAAGGAGUUUCAUCAUGAAUAAAUGUCAGACUCCACAUGGCACUCUGCUAGUAGCCUCGGAGGAUAACGUUGCAAGGAAAUGGACAACAGGGUGUCCAGGUCAUACCCUGUGUCCUUUGGGAUCCAAGGUCAGGACAUUCCACCCCUUGGUUUGUUCUUACAGGAUGCACACUUCAGAUAGGAUCGAGCGGGAAACUGGGUGCUCUGCCUUAGGCUGUUAAAACGCUGCCACCUGUGUUAGAAAACACGUGCGAGUCAAGGCACUCCAGACGCUUCCUUACGGGCAGCAUCCACUGCGGUGUGGCGUGCCAGCCUGAUGCCCCUUCAGUGACGUGCGUGACUGGCAGCCAGUGCUGGCCCGCCCACAGUAUCGGUGCAUCUCACCCAAAGCCAGAGUUCAGCACUGCAUGUUGACCAGGUGGAUAUCCUGUAACAUAGAUGCUCGUUUGGAUCCAAAAGGAAAACCAUUAAAAAUUAAAGAAAGACAAACAACUUUCAUGUUUCUUUAGGGGGGUGUGGUCCAAGAAAAUAAAUAAAACCUUGUUGUAAAGAA